AUGAAAUUAGUAUUUUUGUUUCUCUUUGCAAGUUUUUUAGUAUUAGCUUAAGAGAAUAUUGAUACUAAUACUAAUGGAGAUGAUGCUUUGGAAAAUAUAAAGAAAUUAGAAGAAUAGGAAUCGGAAGCGAUAAAUUCAACUCAGGAUCAUAUUCCAUAAGAUAAUUCUAAUGAGCAAAACAAAACAAAUUAAAAAGAAGAAUAGAAAGAAUCAAUAGAUAGCGAAGAAUUGGCUGAUAUUAUUGAAGAAGCAGAAGAAAAUAUAAUUGAUUUACUCGAAGCAUUGAGACCUUUGUUUGGGCUUAGAUUCGGCGAUUAAGACAGAGAUAGUGAUGGUUAGGUAGUUGAAGAUCAAGCAGAAUAAGAUAAUGAUGGUGAGCAAUAAUAAUCAUAAAGUACAACUUAGGAAGAUCCUGUUGAACAAAUAGCAUAACAAGUAUAGACUGACCCCUUGAUGCUGUAAUGGGAUCAAUUAAUGAUUGAUUUUGAUCCUGAAGAUUUACUUACUUUCGAAUUACAAUCUGGAGCUACGGAAAUCCUGUGUGAAACAAUCAAGAAGGCAACUACUAUAAGAGGGGCAUACUUUAUUCCUUAAUUCAGAGUUGAUCAAAAGAUUGAUUUCUACAUUAAGACUUCCAAUAAUACAUUGUUAUAUUCAAAGGAAAGAGUUCAAGAGGGUAUUUUUAAAAUUGAUGUUCCUGAAAAAGGAGAAUAUAAAUUCAUUUUCACAAACAAAAGAACAAAAGAACCAUUAACGAUAACUUUUGCAAUCGAUGUUCACGAUUCUCAUUAAGAGUUCCUUAAAUUAGCUGAUUUAGAUCCUCUGGCUCUUAGAAUAGAGAGGUUAUCUACUGCAAUGAGAGAUAAUUAUUUUUAUGACAAGAUGGCUGCAUAGCAAUUUGAAGGAGGUUUGAGAGAAGUUGAAAAUGCUAACAAUAAAUUGUUGCUUUUCAGUCUGAUUGAAGUCAUUGGUAUUAUUGCUAUUACAGGAUGGUAAGUCUUUUACAUGAAAAGAAUUUUGAGUAAUUAGAGAAUGAUAUGAUUAUAUAUAUCUGUUGUAUUGAACUUUAAAUUUAAUAUAUAUAUGUAUUC